AUGACUCCGAUAGUUGUAAAGGUAGCUUAUGAUGGAGGUUCCACCACCAGCACCUCGGUUUCAAGUAUGGAUGUCUUGGAUAGACAAGAAUUGAAUCGGCAAUUGGGGCUUACUGGAAGCGAUAAAGCUGGUACCUUUCUUUCUACCAUCCUCGAAUCCGAACCCAACACGUCGAUAUCGGCUCUCAUUUCAACUGCUGAUCUGCAAGAUGACGCAGAUGAGACUCCUAGUGAAAUUAUUACUGAUGUUAUGGAAAGCGUUAAACAAGCCUACGGCAAUACUAAUGCCAACGCGAAUAGCUACACCGAAUCGACCUUGUUUGCAAAAGCCACCGCCACAGCCCUCCACACCGAUUGGCCACUCAAUUCCAUGUGUAUGCGUCUUCUGGGUGAUUUGUGGAACGUUUCCUGGGAAAUUCGGCACGGAGCUGCCUCAGGUCUCCGUGAACUCCUGGCCUUCCCACAACACACUCGGCAUGCUGGUACCAAGAAUGGUACCAUGGAAGCUGAGAAUCGGACUGCCAAUAGGAUAUACCUUGAGGAUAUUAUUGUACGAGUACUCUGCACGUUGGCCGUGGAUCAAUUUUCGGAUUUCGCAAGUGAUUUGGUUGUUGCUCCGGUUCGACAGACUGCAGCCCAGCUUCUAGGCGUCCUAUGUCUUCAUUUGGAAGUGGAACAAGUUCGCCUAGUGGUUGGUCAU